UACCAUUUUUUUAAAAAAAAAUAAACUUUACGAGAUAAUUUUUGUAGUGAAGUGUAGAACCCCAAUCUCAAUUUGUACUGAAGAACUCCAACAAUGGCGAUUACAUCUUUUUCUUCACUAUCAUCCCUCAUUCGCUCUCCUUUACGUCUGCAGGAAAAACCCAAUUAUACCAUUAACAUAUCUACCAAAUACCCAACUAUAAUUCACUGUUCCAUGGCUUCUUCUCCUUCUCGCAAUUCAAAUAAAUCACAACCCAAAAACAAGAAAAGAAUUUGGAAAGAAGGUGAAUUUCCUGUUAUCUCUGAGAAUUCGAUUCCUGGGUUUCCAAAGAGAAGAACCCCAAUUAAGAAUGUGAAGAAGAAGCUUGAUCGCAAGGCUAAAUCUACAGCUUGGGUUAAUACUGUCACUGAAACUCUCUCUGACCUUAUUCUUAAGAAACAAUGGCUGCAAGCCCUUGAGGUUUUCGAGAUGCUGAGAGAACAACCUUUCUAUCAACCAAAAGAAGGAACUUACAUGAAACUCCUUGUACUGCUUGGAAAAUCAGGCCAACCAGGUCGAGCCCGUGAACUUUUUGAUACAAUGAUUGAAGAAGGGCUUGAACCCACCUCUGAGCUUUAUACUGCUUUGCUUGCUGCGUAUUGUCGCAGUUUCUUGAUCGAUGAUGCAUUCGCGAUUCUGACUAAAAUGAAGUCACUUCCCCUUUGUCAGCCUGAUGUGUUCACAUACAGUACUUUGAUCAAGGCUUGUGUUGAUGCUUCUCGAUUCGAUUUGGUCGAGUCCCUCUAUAAAGAGAUGGGUGACCGAGGAGUUUUUCCUAACACCGUUACCCAAAACAUUGUAUUAAGUGGAUACGGGAAAGUUGGGAAAUACGAGCAGAUGGAGAAGAUAUUAUCUGAAAUGCUCGAGAGUCCAACUUGCAAGCCCGAUGUGUGGACUAUGAACACGAUAAUUGCGUUGUUUGGAAACAAGGGUCAGAUAGAGAUGAUGGAAAGGUGGUAUGAAAAGUUUCGGGAUUUUGGAAUUGAACCCGAAACUAGGACUUUUAACAUAUUAAUUGGUGCUUACGGAAAGAAGCGUAUGUAUGAUAAAAUGUCUUCGGUUAUGGAAUACAUGCGCAAGCUCGAAUUUCCUUGGACUACUUCGACUUACAAUAAUGUGAUAGAGGCGUUUUCUGAUGUAGGCGAUGUGAAAAACAUGGAUUUUACAUUUGAUCAGAUGCGGGCCGAGGGCAUGAAAGCGGACACUAAGACGUUUUGUUGUCUUAUUCGGGGAUAUGCCAACGCGGGUUUAUUCCAUAAAGUUGUGAGUACUGCUCAGUUGGCUGGGAAAUUAGAGAUACCCGAAAACACAUCAUUUUUCAAUGCUGUUCUUUUUGCGUGUGCAAAGGCGGAGGAUUUGAUGGAAAUGGAUAGAGUUUAUCGGAGGAUGAAGGAGAAAUAUUGUCAACCGGAUGAAACUACGUUUAGUAUCAUGAUAGAGGCGUAUAGGAAAGAAGGUAUGCACGACAAGAUUUACGACUUGGAGAAGGAAAGGGAGAAGAUUUUCAUUUCUGUUCGUGAGGAGGAGUCGAGUGAAGAGAUGGAACCCGAGGGUGAUCCCUGAUUGAGGGACUUGAUGUGAUUUAAUGGUGCGAAAUUAGGUCUCGGAUCCUGCAUUCCAUUUAAUCCUUUUCGAGUAAAUUCUUGCUUCGCUCGUCCUGUUUUUAUGAAGACGGAAUUUUAGUUGACUGCAGGAACGAAGAGAGUCCGUCCUCGAAUUACUCGGAAAGCACAUAUAAGGCUGAACAAAUGCAACUAAUGAGCCUGCACUGACCUUGCAGUUUUGCUUGUAGAAAGUCGAUAUAAGAGAUACAUCGUGUAAAAGGGAAAUUUACGUUGUAGCAAAAUUGAUUUCGAUUUUAAUUCGAAUUUUGGACUAUGCAUAAUCAUUAAUUUGAUAUUUUUUGGGCUA